UAGGAGCGGGCGGGAGGGAGCUCUUUAAAAUGAACCCACCCAGCUUUACGUAACACUAGAGAGGAAAAAACAGGGGACUGGGAGGGCAGACAUAUACUUGAAGGAUUCAAGGCAAGCGGGGGUGACUCAGAACCAGGGACUAGACCCGAUUGGGGGAUUUACUGGACUGAAAGGACAACUAAUCUUUAAGUUUUCACCUGAAACAAGUGUUUCCCCAAGUCAGCCAUCUAUCACUGUGGUGCACUGCGGCAUCCUUCCCAUCACUAACAGACGAGAGAAGUGAAACACAAUCGCCAUAAUAAAAAGAAAAAAAGGGGGUGUCCCUCAGGUACCCCUCAGGGUGUCGCCUGACCCGCGCCAUGGCGGCUACUGAUCUGGAGCGCGGCCUAGAACACGGCGGGCGAGGCUGGGGGAAAGCGAGGCCUGAGAUGAUGGACAACUUUGACUCUGAGAUGCAAGAGUGGGAGGACCAGCUGCAGGACAUUCAGAGGCAAAUCGAGGAGCUGUACAAUGAGGUCCAAGCACGUCGGGAAGGAAACGGCGCUGCGCCAGACUACCACAAUAACAUCGACGUUGGCCCCAGAAACCACGGUGACGGCAUUUUUACACAUGCCCAUCAACGCGACCGUCACCUUGGCAACGACCACCCCGCAGGCCACCGGAACGGAGACAUCGGAGACUUUCUGCAGGACUACCUCGGCCACAGCAAGCACGUGAAUCAGAAGAACAAUGGCGCUCGCCACGUGCACUUCAGCGACACCAUCAAAGUGAGUCAGGAUUUGCCCGUGUACCAGGACGAGAGUAGAAGAAGAACAGCAAGUCAAAGAGUGGGACAUGAGCAGUUUUUGGGAACUUUUGAGGAGCUGGAAAACCGAAAGAACAGAGCACCUCAUGCAAAGAGUUGCCCCAACAAAGAAAACUCGGUCACCAAGCCCCCUCUGAGACAGAAGGAAGCAUCCCCGCCUCGCUCCACCGCUCAGCCCAUGACAGCGGAAUCGCCGACCUCAGAAAGAAAGUCCUACGGCCCCGGUGUGCUGGGUGACAAGAAGUUGGGCAGCCUGUCCAUUCUUAGAAAGUUUGGGGCUAUGCUCCACGAGAAUGAGGGCAAAACGCUCACAGAUGCGGGCGUGGUGACUUCAGAGGUAAAGUGCCUCAGUCCCGGAUGCCAGCGCAGGGGGGCUGCAACAGGGCCUGUCAAGAUCCCCCCCCAAAAUUGCAAUUCUGAAGUGGAACACUGGGGAUCAGAACCCACAAGACAUCACCACAAGGACCUGCAAGGAGGAUCCCAGACCAGAGCGCAGGUUCCCGGGAGCCCGAGGAACAGGCCCAGGUCCAACAGUGCGGCAGACAGGGACAGAUCGAGAAGCCAUCAGGGGGAGCCCAACAUGGACUACAGGAUCCACAGGGGCAGGUUGGGGGGUCAGUCAGAGUUUCCUGGUUCCAGAAGAGAUGAAGGACUCAUUGAGUUGCUGGACAUGCUGAAGAUCCAACACGAGUACACUUCCAGGGCCUACAAGACCAAUCCACAGCAGGUAAACCCACCCCAGCGGUCCUCGGAGCCCAAGACGAGUUUCUCCCGGCCCGCCCGGCCGGCCAACCAGCGUCCUCCUUCCAGAUGGGCGAGCAGAACGCCGAGCACCGUGAUCGCGGCCCCCAUGGGCCCUAACUACCGGCCUCCGAGCCCUCUCGUCCGGCCUCCGAGCCCUCUCGUCCGGCCCCCUACCCCCAAGAUCAGAACCCCCAGCCCAGCCCUCAAGCUCCGACCGGCCGUUUGCUACUCGCGCCCCGCCGAGACCGUCAUCAUGUGAUCCCGGGACUUUCUAUGCCACAUUCUGUGUUAAUACUAUGGACGGCGCUACGAGGGCUAAGAAGUUCAUUCAGAGUAUGGAAAGUCCUUUGAGAAUUUAUUCAAUCCAUAUCCUUAAUAUUUACCUUGAGGGCUACGUGCACGUACACGAACCUUAAACUGGAUAUCAAAGAUACCAAACAAACGCUUAAACGACUUUCCGUAUUUGAGUGCUAGCUAACAUUCUUCAUUAUCUCUUGUUUUUUUUUUUCACUUGGUCAACAUGUCAAAUUUCUGUUUAGCUGCUGCCUCCUUUAAUCCGCGUUUCUGUCCUUUUGUUGUUUUUUUUUUUUUAUGGCAUUUCAUUCAUUUCUAUUUAUGUACUUAAGGAUAUUGCAUGCAGCCCAAAUUUCAUGGGCGGCAAUGUGCUGUUAACAUAACAGUGUGACUUCCAAUUUUAUGUUGUCAAAGUAUACAUAUACAAUAUUUAUUAUGUCCAAACUACUCAUGUGAUGACUAUGAUAUGCCUUCAUGUAUUUUUUUUUGUCUUGGUAAUAAAUGUAGUAAUUUGACAAGA